AUGGUGGAACGUACCGACCCCAGCCCAUCGGGAUCCAGCCAGCAGUCGGGGCAGAGAUCGCCCGAGUCUCAGGGACGCUCCAGAGACAGUCGGAGAGGCGGUCGAGCUUCUUGGAGGGAGGGACAUUCAUCAGGUCCCUACCACCAGAGACCACACCGUGCAGGCUCUGCCCAGUCGGGCCUGGCUACAUCCUCGGCUGCGAAUCAAUAUGAUGAAGCUGUGGUUGUCACUGCCUCCAACGGUGAUGCGGCAGCGCCAGCAGGAGCCCCGACUCCGCCGACCCGCGCCAUGACCGACCUGAGACUCGACGAGGUCCCCUCAGCCUCGAACACCAACGUCCCGCAGCAAAACCUCUCGGGCGGCUCUGAUCAUGGCGACCGGCGUCAGGUUCAGGGGGCUCAGUCGUUCGAUUCGUUCGAUCACGGUCCUGUGACCUUUGUUAUCUUUGCUAACCCAAACGGACCCCCACCCGAGGUAGACUAUAGCCAUCUCCGUGGUGGCCCACCACCAGAUGAAUAUGGCAUUACAUGCUAUGGUUAUCGAGAUAGCUCUGGUUGCUAUAGAGAGUACCACGCCCCAAACGAGGCCAACGGCACCGUUCGCUUUAUUGGUGGCCACCAGUCUCGUCGAUCUGAUACCUUGGUUCAAGACUUCGGGUAUCCCGCUGGCAAUGCUCAGCGCCAUCUGGAAGCGGAUGACCAGAGAGAUGCAUAG